ACAGAAUCGUGACCGUUGAGCGAUAUCGAUCUCCGGAAGAGUUGGUUCUUUCUCAGCAAAGGAUUUGUAAAAGUCUCAGAUACCUCGAGCAGCCAUCCCUAGAAAAGUAUGGAAAUCCAACCUGAAAUUAUGGAGAUCAAAUUGAACAAAGGCCCAAAUGGCCUUGGUUUCAAUAUUAGGGGAGGCACUGACAACGAGCACCGCACAGACGAUCCUGGCAUUUUUGUCACGACUGUGAGAGAAAAGGGUGCUGCUGCUGAGGAUGGCAGACUUCGCCCCGGUGACAAAAUAGUAGAGGUGAAUGAUAUUGAUGUGUCAGGCGUAAAGCACUACGAAGCAGUCCAGGCCUUCCAUCAAGCUAAGGAUACCGUCAAGCUCAAGGUUAUCCGCAACCCCCAUCCAGAGGAAACAUCUGAGUCAGAAAAUCCGCCAGCCGAGGGUGGCUCUUACCUUCCCUACAUUGUUGUCUUCGGUCUUGUCGGCGUGGGAGCAUACUUCGCAUGGAAAAAAUACAGCUCUUGAACUGCUGCCAUCACUAUUUAGACUUUGCAACGAAGCAAUGAAGCACUGAAGCGUUGGUUGCGGGAGGGCAGAUUGGCCGGUGUCUCCUUCUGCCUAUCAUUGGGUCGAGACACCUCAUAGCAAGACGUGUCUCUCUUUAUUUUCUCUCGUAUCCAGCCUCUGCUGAUUUGAUCUUUGCCGCACAUUCUUGUUUGAAUGUGAGGUGCAGUCCUGUCCCCUCUUCUGGACACCCACGCUACUAGCGUGCAAUAUUUUGAAUCUUGACGUUGAUAACUCAUUUUGGGUGUUAUACUUGUCUGUAUCGCGUAUAUAGGUAGUGCUGCUGCUGCUGUCAAUGUCGAUCUGACGAGGGUGAGUGAGGGUGAGUGAGGGAUGUGCUGCCUAAGUAGUAUUGUGUAGUGCAUCCUGUUUGUUGUGGCCUUCCUGGCCUUGUGGCCUUUCUGGCCUUGUUGUUCUGUAUCUUGUUCUUCUCAUUGUUGUGCUUCCCGCUGUUACUCUUAAUCCCAUGCCUGCUAGUUCUAGCCACGUUUUUGCAAUUUUUUGCUUUUAUGAGUGUCAGGAUCGAACUUUUUUUUUCUCCGCACCACAAGCAUUCAGUUGUGGCUCAUAUGCCAUGUAUUAUACUAGCGUUUGAAAAGA